AGUCCUCGAGCCAGAGGAGGAGGAACGGGAGGGGGAGGAGCAGGGGGGAGGAGUAGGAGCAGUAAGAAUGUUAAAACAGGAGGGUGAGAGUGAUCAGAGCGGCAGAGGGGAACAGGAGGAAGGAGAGACGGGCUGAGAGGAGCUCUCGGGUCAAACUCCUCCUGCAGAGACCCACGUGGAGACAAGCCUCCACCUGCAGGGAAAACAGCUGCUGGUGGAGAGAAACCUUUUUCUUCUUUUGCUCCUUCUUUUCCCCCACAGGUUUACUGCUCACUGCUCUGCUCUGGGACUAUUUCUUCUUCAAGUUUAAAGGGAAAAACUCCUUGUGCUCCUGCGGUGGACCAUCUGACUGGAGGACAGCAAAUUAAGAUGUCAGUUUGACAUGAGCCGCCCAUCACAGAGAACUUUUACACCUUUUCUGGAGGCACUUUGAAGUCGUUCCUCAAAGAAAUCCUCAUAAAUGGGCUCUUGGAAUGAACACGUUAAGUGUUUGCUCCGCUGAUCCCUGCUCUCUGUUAUCCAGACACAGUUGUGGCAGCUGCUUUGCUCGCUGCAGGCUCAACAAACACUGACUGUAACUCAUCCAGAUAUUCUCAGCUGGUCUGGGCUUUCAAAGCGGCCUCCUGUAGGAUUGCAGUCUCUGUGGACCUUCUGACAUGGAUCUGUGUGCUUCCAUAGAGUCCCCCAGCUGUCAGGGACCUGAUCUUUCAGGCUGAGGACCGUCCAUGAGGAUGCAGUAGUGUGAGACAGCAGAGGACGAUGUGACGCAGAUGAUGUUUUGCUGCCUUGCCAUGCUGAGAGGGAGGUUAACUCUUGCGAGUGUGUGUCUGUAUCUGGUGUGUCCGCUCGGCCUGAGGCUGCAACCUGCUGCCAAACUCUACACCGAAGACGUCAUCAGAAGAGUCGAGUCUCUUAUCGUCUCAGACCUGACGGAGUUGGACUGCAGACUGUACACGCCCACCAUCGAGGACUACCAGCAGAAAUGUCCCAGCUCCACCAUGAAAUGUUUCGCUGACGAAGUUAAAGUGCUCAUUGAAGAGUGGGAGAACUUUCCUGCUGGAGGUUUAAGACUGAACAUCAAACUUAAAAAACUUGCAAAGUUAUUAAACAAGGUCUAAAACAGGUCCAGCUGAAGUAAAACAGAUUUAACCCUCACAUUUGGUGUGAGGAACAACUCAUUGGUGUUCCUCCUCAGGAGAAAAACAUGAAAACAUGUUGAAUUACUGUGGGGCUGUAACAGAGGAAGAGGACGAGAUGAGACAUUUCCUUUUGGCUGCGAUCUGAGCCACCAACCCACUACACUUCAUGACUUGGGGAUGAUCUAUUUCCAGAGCUUUGCUCCUCCUCCUCACUGAUGUCAGGACGCAGCUCAUAGUCCACAGCCGAGCGAUGAAUUUAAGGCCAGUUGGAAGUUUUGGCAUCAAAUUGUUCAAAUUUUUAGUCUUGAAUUGAUUUUUCAAAUUUGUGAAUCAGUUUGAAAUAUUCAUAAAUAACUAACAUUUAGUUAGUGAUCUCAAUACCAAAACAUAAUGGGAAUUACCAUUAAUGUGCUAACAAAGAUUAGCUUUGCAUAAAACAGCAGGUGUGCUCAUGAUUCAGGCAUGUUUUCUUCUAAAGCUGCAGACUUCACAUCGCUAACUAAAAUCCGCUAGUCUGCCGCUACACCAACCAGCUACGGCAGCCUCAGAGGGUCAAAAAGCACAGACUCAAAUCCCCACUGGGGUUAGGAGUGCCGAAACCACUUCUCGUUCCCCUCUUCUUCUUCUUCUUCUACUUCUUGUAAACAUACUGUGUCAGCUGCACGAUCAUCAGUGUGGAAGAGGACCUGAACUGAGCCCUGGGGCACUCCAUCGUUCCACCUGAGAGUGUGUGAUACGUAUGGUGAAGGUUUUGGCUUUGGUCAAGGUGGGACACCUUCAACACCUUCUGUUAACUCUGCCCUUCAGGUUCGGUAUGACUUGUCUCUCUUCUCGUCCACAGACGGAGGCGUCAGAGUGUCUUCAGUGUGAACUUUCCAAGGAGGAAAAAGCAGAAAAGUUCCUCAAAGAUCUUGCUUUGACUCUUCGGACAAUGAACUUUCAGCACAGUUAGCCUGUCGUCGUGUUCCGCAAAGGACUUUCAACAGAGACUUUUCAUACUCCCUGAGCACCAAGCACGAUGCUCAGCUAAGUUUAGGUGGGUGAAGAGGGAAAAUACAGAAUAGGAAAACAGGGAGGUUGUUUCUGUGUGAUCACAUGAACAUGUCCAGAUGUGGACAGAUGUGACAGUAAAUCUGGAAUGAAACAAGCAGGCUGUAACUCGUACAACAUGUGAUGAACAUCAACAUGCCAUCAAACAGACCCUCUUUGUUUCAAAAAUUGUCAAAACUUGGAUCAAGUCCACUCGGGUUUGACUCUGAGGCAAAAGCUUGAACUCAAAGCAGAAAUCACCAGAGGACCACAGCAUGUUGUCGGCUCACAACUAACACGCACGCAAACUACUUCCUGUUCUCAGUCGGGACUUCUCCAGGUUCAGCCACUUUUUCAGUCUUCUCUGACACAUGUUACAUAGAUUUGAACCUCAUGGGGGCUUUUGCUGGAACGGAAGUGAUAUACAAACUCAAUGCAGAGUUAUGAAAAAAUAAAGUUUUUUAUUAGUGAAAAGAGGAAAAAAGAGAAAUGUUCCUUUAGCCUGCAUGUUUCCUAAAUGUUUGAUUGACAGCUGAGACAGCAGGGAGACGGAGAGACGUAACAUGCUUGGUGGCCAUGAGCAGAAAAGACAACACCAGUCCACAUUAAGCUGCAAUUACAUUUGUAAGUAAGAUUUUCAGAUUCCAGAUUUCCCUCCUCCUCCGAAUCCCCUCAGAGACAGAAAUAAAACAGUUGCUACGCCACAACAGGCAGCUGCACACAACUGCCCAAAGUAAUCAUUAGCAAAUGUAAUCGGAAUCAUAAGUACUUUGGAAAAUUUCCGUUUAUAUAUAUUACUGUUCCAGUAUUACAGCGCAGAGUACUGCAGUUCAGCUAAAGAUGCUCUGUGGAGUUUUUUCUGCUUCUCUUUACACUCAGAGUCACUCAGUGAAACACACCGUCUGCAUCAAAAGUACUGAAGGCACUUUCUUCUUCAUGAAACUUAAAACCUUAGUAACCUUAGUAACGAAAUGUCAUGCAAUCCCUUCAGAGCCUCCAGAUGUAACCAUGGAACCUCCCCCAGAAAUUCUUUGACAUUCCUCAGUCGCCUGUGGGAAGCUGAGAAAUCAAACCAAGAGCAAGUAGAACCUCCUACACCCUUCCUAAGAACUUCCUGAGUCUGUCAAGAACACCACUUUAAUAAUAUGUAAAAUCUCUUCAAAAUGAAACCACAGAACCAGCUGAGGACUCUCAGUGACCCUCAAGGUCUGCUGGAGAAGGUCUUCUCUGAACUCCCACAGGACUUCUGGAUCCAAGAGCUGCAGUCCUUCCUGUUUUUUCCCUCCAGUUUCUCUUUCUCCUCUGGUCUCAUCUCCACUCCUCACAAAGUGAACUCAGCCUCAGAUGAAAGUAAAGCAGACUAAGCUGCAGUCUCGUGACUGGCGUAACAGCAGCGAUGCUGGUCCGACUGGUCCACAGGAAAACAUCUCGGCUGCAUUAACCUCAGUGACACCAUCAGACUGAAACUCUGCUCAGUAGUUUUCUAUAAGUUUCAACCCCUUGGAUUUUAGUGACUCUUGGACUUUUGUCUGGACAAACAUUUAUGGCACCAUUACUACUAAGACUUAAAGAAUAUUCAUAUAAUAAACCCCCGUCAGGCUUACCUGCAGGUGGGCGGGGUUUAAGCGGACUGAGUCUAAGGGACUGCGGUUUGAUGGUUCUGAUUGGCUGCAGCUGGACUCUUCUGGUGUCACAACAAUGAAGAGCAUUAUUAAGGAAGAAAGGGGCCAUCUUACAUUCAGAAAGCGAUGAUGUGUCGGAGAUGUUGGCGUCAUGACUUUGAUGAAACGUUAAACGAAGAGGAGAACAACGUUUUCCCUUCAGCUUUAGUUUCAGCUUUGGCAGCUGAGUUCCGCUCUCGCAGGCUCACGUGUCAGGAUGAUCUCUUCCCAAGAAAAUCUGUUAAUAACUGGAUACGCAUUUCACGCUGUCUUGAUUUUGCUGGGUAAAAAUGAAACAAGCCGUGACGUCUCGUAAAGGGCUGGCCAUCCGCAGCUUUCCCACCUUCGGCUGUGGAAUCUCGGCAUAAUGACUGCAGGGCGGUUGAUUGGUUGCUUCUCCUGAUGAUUAAAAGCAGAUGUGUUGGCACAACAGCAGCAGAGCAGCCGACAAACACUGUGACUGUUUCUUCAGUCCGACAGGUCGCGUUCCUAUCCAUCAGUCCGUCGGCUUCUCAGUUUAAUGGCAUUUAAAAAAUGGGUUAGUCACAGAAUUAAUCAGCAGAGACCGGAAGAGCUUGGCUGCAGCGUAACCUCCGCUGUGAAUGUGGAUGAUUUGCAAGCUGAUGAAUGAGAGGCAGCUGUGAAAAUGCUUUGAGUACCCAAACUUCUGUCACUUUUCACAUCCGAGUUCAAAACGACUUUCGUGUUUGAUGGAGACGAUGAACGUGUGCUGCGUAACAAGCCCUCACCAGGAGUUUCCCCCAUUUCACAAGUUGGAUGUGCCCUAAAUGCACCACGCACUGAGGACCGUGAGCUGGUUUAAACCGGGUCCAGUGUCUGUUUGAUGAAGUCAGAAAGCAGACUCACUGCCCAGAGGAAACUGCUGCCGGUACGGAAGCCUGUGAUCCGUCCUGUUGGUGCCGAUAAAGUUUGAUUCAGCAGGCCGAUGGUAUCUUGCUUUCAUGGCUUGCAGGACUGCGUUGCUUUGCUUUAGUGUAACGAUGGCAGCUCUGUGAGAUGAAACAGGCCAGUCAGGGACACGACUGGCAGGAGGUCAGCGAGUCCACGUGGGAAGCCGAGGAGGCUGCCGUUCUUCUCUCAACUCGCCUGUUCCUUAUCAGUGAAACUCAAUUGCUCAGAGCCAACAGGCAGAGUCAAGUUCUUCGCUUCAGCAGAUCCAGUCAGGCCUGUGCAGGGCAGAGGCGAUCUUCACAAGUGGGAGUAGUUGUGCCUGUUGCUUUCCAGAGGCGAUUGAGCUCAAAUCAUUUGUAUGUUUAUGUCAUUAAUCACUAUGUCAGAUUAAAUAUAUUUGUAUAGGAAUAAACAACAUCAUCCCAGUCUUUAAAAGUAUCCAAAAGCACCUAAAUUAAAUCCUUCAAAAAACAAAACUCUUAAGAUUUCUUUUAGAGUUUAGGUUGUCUUGACGCUUGCUGUAAUUAUGACAUCUAACAGUGGAUUGCGUCCAUUCGUCUGACUGUAAUCUCCACUUCCUCCCACUGUACAAAAGCAAAGCCAAAAUACACUGGAUACGAGUGCUGCCAUGUUGCUCUGGUGACGUCAUCUGGAGCGAGUGUGUGCAGCAGUGAUGUGCUAUGGGGGGGGUUAGCGACCUGUACCUGUACCAGGCGUUUUGACUUCAGGGAGCUCUGAUGUCAGCCAUCU